AACUGAGGCCCAAAGGGGAAAGCCUUCCUCACAGAUCUAAGCCAGCUGCCCUGAUUUAAACACUUCAUUGCAAGAAGAGUGGAAGAGAGGGGGAAUCCGCAUGCAUCCCCCCUACCAGUGUGCACAGAGUACACUGGCAAAGCUGCUGCCAGCUCUACAAACAACAGACGAACCGCUACAAGUUACACGUUUGCUGUUAGGUAGAAGCAUUUAGGAGUGCUUCUGCCUCCGACACUGAGGACUCACAGGGCACUCGCUGCCCUGAGAGGGGGGGCGUUCAAGCAAACUGACCUCUGGGGUUAAGCAGAAUCAGUUUGUGUGAAGCUCUGUGGAGGAGGGGAGGAGGGAACUGUUAGUGGGAGGUGGGAGGCCACAGUGGGGCUCCUGCGCCGCUCAAGAAGGAGACGAAGCAGUCGCCGGGAAGCGGGGAAAGAGGAGGAUAUGGCCACGGGAGAGAUCACAACGCUUCCCUCCACACCUGAAGACGGCGGCAGCGGCGGCUUUCCUCCCGGGAACUUCAAGGAUCCCAAAAGGCUGUACUGUAAAAACGGGGGCUUCUUCUUGAGGAUAAAGUCUGACGGAGGAGUGGAUGGAAUCCGGGAGAAGAACGACCCCCACAUAAAGCUUCAACUCCAGGCAACCUCAGUGGGGGAGGUGGUCAUCAAAGGAGUCUGUGCUAAUCGCUAUCUGGCGAUGAACAGAGAUGGACGACUGUUUGGAGCGAGACGAGCGACAGAUGAAUGCUACUUCCUAGAGCGACUCGAGAGCAACAACUACAACACCUACCGCUCCAGGAAGUACCCAAACAUGUACGUGGCACUGAAGCGGACUGGCCAGUACAAGUCUGGAAGCAAAACUGGACCGGGUCAAAAGGCCAUUCUCUUUCUUCCAAUGUCUGCCAAAUGCUAAUCUGGGGAUCCGACUGAGAAAUACUAAUGUCUUAGUGGCAGCAACAAAGAAGAUGAUGUGACGGCAAUGAAGAGAAAGUGUUCCAUCAACAUUGCCCAAAUAUAGCUGUGAUGCUUUCUGACUGUUAUAUCCUGAAACAUGUCUGCUCUUAUUCAGCUUUAACUUUCAAACAGUGGCUGCAUUCACAACUGGCUGCUUCCCAGUAAAACCAGGCUCUUUUUACUGGGGACCAGCCAACUGCUACACUAGUGCAACUGGAGCCAGGUGCCUUGCUCAAGUGCACCCCUAAAGUAUGGCAGUGUUCAUUUUACCUAUUCAGAUCUUCUCUCUCUGGCUGAGGGAUUUAAGCAGCAACAUAUAUACAGAGGAAUAUUCUGAUAAACCGUGUCUCAUCAGUACUGAGGGUUUAGAAAAUGCACUAAAAUCCUACAUUAUUAUAACUUGAUAAGAGAGAAGGGAACUAAAUAACAGAAUUUAGAGUUUUGUGAUACUUAAUUGUUUGACAAAAGAAGGCUAAGCACACUAAACGCAUUUAAAUCAAAACCCAAAUACUACCUACUACGUUUGUUUUAAUAAUUACUUAACACUACUUGGUAUCUUUACACACUUAAUGGAUACAGCAGAUGUUUCCUGAGCUUGUCUUUGUUUUCCGAUAAAACUGCAUUCCCCAUUUGUAAGUGUAUAAUCUGAGAUUUAUGCAAAAACUCCAAAUGUUGCAUGGCACUGGAGCAUAAUUUAUACAUAUAUUAAUACGAGAUUAUUGUUUUAAUGAUGUCUAGUUUGACGACAGAAAGGCAGUUAACUUGAACAAGAGGAUGAGUUUUACUUUUUUGACCAGUGAGUAGGCUAAUUCAGCGAGGCAGCCAAUAUUAUUAUUGCAGCUACUAGCUACUAUUGUUAGCUUCUGCUAGUAUGUGGUCACCUGACACUGGUGGUUAGCUUGUUAAAGACAUAUUUCCAGUUAAAAAUACAGUAUAGUUUCAAAACAGUUCCUUUAAAAACCUAAUCAGCUGCUGACAGCCAAUAUUGCCCAGCAGAUAUGGGCUUCUAAAAUGGCUGCCAAAAAAUGUUAAUCAACUGUCUAAUUGUCUGUUCCCACUUCGGGCGACAAAGCUACAGCAGCAGGAUACAGAGUUGGAGGCAGGGCACAGUUCCUUUCUUUGAAAGUUGCUCAGUGGCCCAUGAAGCCAAAAAGUUUGACGGAUCUUCCGCGUUGUUGGACCCAUAGAGCAAAUGCACUAGAGACGCUAACAUGGAGGGGGCGGGGUUUAUGACCUGUACUGCAGUCAGCCACCAGGGGGCAGUCGAGAUGUUUUGGCUUCUAUUAUAUAGUCUAUGGAAGUGGUUUCCAACUGGUCCAGCCCUGGGGUCCAGAAGUCCCUGUAGUCAGAGGUCCACAUAGCUUAAUACAUUAAGCGUCAUACUUGUAUUUGGCCAUAUCGUCGAGCUAGUAGUAGCUGUCCAUUAGUCACUAAAUCUACAGCAGGAAAUGGCACUUCAAAAUAAAAGGUAUGUGCCAGAAAUUCACUGUACUUAAAAAUAAAGAGUGUCUUUUACAAACUUGACACAUUUGCGAGUUAGUUGCGGUCCAUUCAGAAUGUACCCCCGACCCACUUUUGGACUGCUACCUACCAGUUGGGAACCACUGACUUACAGAUGUCUCUUUCCCAGUUUAAGUCCGAAGGAAAAUGUCUUUUUGGGCUCAAUGGCAUCAUGUGACGGACCUUUGAAGUUGUAGUUACACUAUCUGGCCAGUAUGUCUUAUUGGCUUUACAGUCUGCCGCGUUUCAAAGUUGAGCGACAUAGCUACAGCAUGGCUGGCUGUUGAAGUUUUGCUCAACUGCUCAUUGGCGUAGUUAUGUCAUCAUCUGCUAGUGUGCGUAUGUCUGCAAGCACUGACAAAAGUUGAGGUCAGCUCAACUUUGAUUUGUGGUGCGUCAUACCCUUCACGCAGCUACAAGUGUAGGGCAUCAGUUUGUUGCUUCAUGUCACUGACUUCCAUUGAAAUGACUUGUACCCUGUUGCUUUGUCACCGGUGGUCUGAACACAGCAGAAAACUUGGAGGCACCAUAGUGGCAUAUCUGUUUAAAAACCACAAAGUGAAUGUUCAUGUAGACCUAUUGCACCAUAUUUCUUCAACAGUAACAGCUAGUGUGAAAAAACACACCAAAAACACAAUUUCAGUCAUAAAUACAAAUUAAAUAUGAGUAAUACUGGCAACCUUGUGUCAUCAUAGCUAGCCAUGAUAUGCUAACCCCAU